AGUAUGCUGUGGCUGUUACGCCGGAUCGUGGAGAGCCGAGGUGCUGUAGCCGGGUGCUGAGUGACCUGACUGGCAAACAAUAGCCGUAUAGACGCCGCGGCUCCCUGCUCUGUUACUGGAAUUCCGCUGAAGCCGUGGGGCUCUCAGCAGAGUUUAAGUAGUCCAGCCACAGGCAGCUCUGUCCUAUUGAAUAAAUAAAGCCCCCUGCCCUUUAUCUGCGUGGUCCGUGUCAUCGACAGUAGUUCAGGAUGAGGUUGUCUCCCCGGGCAGCUGUACAGGUCCCAGAGAUCUUAUGCAGUCGGUGCAGCGGAGUGUGCAACGACAAGGAAAUGGGAAUCCAAAUCCCCCGUCCACUAGGGCAAGGGCCUAGUAGAUUCAUCCCAGAAGAAGAGGUCCUGCAGUUGGGAAGUGAAGAUGCAAAUUUACACUCCGCGUUCACUGAUGCUUUUGCAGACUUGGGCCGUCUGGAUAACAUAACCCUAGUGAUGGUCUUUCACCCCCAGUACUUGGAAAGCUACCUGAAGACACAGCAUUACUUGUUGCAGAUGGAUGGUCCCCUGUCUGCCUGUUACCAGCAUUACAUCGGCAUUAUGGCGGCAGCUAGACACCAGUGCUCCUACUUAGUGAAUCUGCAUGUCAACGACUUCAUCCAUAAUGGAGGGGACCCUAAGUGGCUCAAUGGCUUGGAAAAUGCGCCACAGAAACUGCGCAAUCUGGGGGAGUUAAACAAGAUGUUGGCUCACAGACCUUGGCUAAUCACAAAAGAACACAUUGAGCAACUGCUUAAAACAGGAGAACACAGCUGGUCGUUGGCAGAAUUAAUUCACGCGGUAGUUCUUCUCGCUCACUACCAUUCCUUAGCCUCUUUUACAUUUGGCUGUGGAAUUAAUCCUGAAAUCCACAAUGAUGGAGGCCGCACGUUCCGUCCCCCGUCUGUAAGCAGUUACUGCAUCUGUGACAUAACCAACGGCAAUCAUGAGAGCCAACAUCCGACAGGAUGGAGUGCGCUGAGUACAGAUUCAUCUUGUGAGGUUGAAGCUCUUAUGGAGAAAAUGAAGCAGCUUCAAGAGUGCAGGGAUGAAGAAGAGGCUAGCCAGGAAGAGAUGGCAACGCGUUUUGAGCGGGAAAAGACCGAAAGCAUGUUGGUCAUUACUGCAGAAGAUGAAGACCCUCCACCGGGAAGAAACGUGUCUCGACACUUUGAAGACACAAGUUACGGUUACAAGGACUUCUCACGCCGUGGAAUGCACGUGCCUACCUUCAGAGUGCAGGAUUACAACUGGGAAGACCAUGGAUACUCUCUAGUUAAUCGCCUUUAUCCAGAUGUUGGGCAGCUAUUAGACGAGAAGUUUCAUAUUGCAUAUAACUUGACUUAUAAUACCAUGGCCAUGCAUAGUGAUGUAGAUACCUCCACACUGAGGCGUGCAAUAUGGAAUUAUGUUCAUUGCAUGUUUGGAAUAAGGUAUGAUGACUAUGAUUAUGGAGAAAUCAAUCAGUUAUUGGACCAUAGCUUUAAAGUUUACAUAAAAAAUGUGGUGUGCAAUCCAGAGAAGACCACAAAGAGAAUGUAUGACAGUUUUUGGAGGCAAUUCAAGCAUUCCGAAAAGGUUCAUGUUAAUUUGCUUCUCAUGGAAGCGAGGAUGCAAGCUGAAUUACUUUAUGCUCUGAGAGCAAUUACUCGGUAUAUGACCUGACUUUUCACGUGACUGAAGGAAUGUUCACAAGUGCUGCCUGGGUUCUGAACUUUUGGGUGCCAGUGGCGUCUUUGGUUAGCUAAUCUUUCAGGCAUCCAUUGUGCCAUAAUUCCCAUCGUAUCGGCUGUUUGCUUAGUCACUGGAAGACUGCAGUGCACUUACAGCUGAAUGUUGAGAUGAAGGGACGCACCCUUCGCAUCGUAUAAUGAACAUGCAAGCCUAAUCUGUGCUUCGCAAUCUGGUGGAAUCUUGCUUAUGGUUACAUAGGCGUUAUGUUUUUUGUUUCUUAUUUCUUUUGUCUUCGAGGAGAUGGAUUUUGAAACUUUUUUUUUUCAUGGAUGUAUGCAGAAUGAGACGGUGGUGCUGUUCUGCUGAACUUUGAAGUCCAUAUGAUGCAGGCAUCCUAAACUAUUUUAAAAACUGAAUAUUUACAUGUUGAACACUGCUACAGUCUGAGCCCAGGUCUCCAGAUGUACAAAAUAUGUUUGCAUUUUCAUUCAUUUGUACAUAUUUUCGUGUUAGCCAUACACAGCAAAUACCACAUCUGCCACACUUGGCAGCUUAUCCUUCUGGCUGUGCGGUUUGCUGUAAAAAGCUGUGAUUUAUUUUUUUUUAUUCUGCAAAUAAUGGUUGAAACCUAAGUUGUCUUCCUGAAAAUGUGUAUGUUUUCAAUCUUCAUGUUCAGCAUUAUCGCAUAUCUAUAAGGAAUGUGGAGUACCUCUUGGUUGUGGGGUGUGCACUUUCUAGUACCAAGUUGCCAUUCUGUUUCCGGUAGAAAGGAAACACUGGGAUGGGUAGCCAAUCAAACCUCAUUUAUUCAAGUCCAGAUUAAUGGUCGCAUGAGUUUGCAGCUGCUUAACACAACACCAUUGGAUUUUGCCUACGUUUUAAUAAACUUAAAAUCUGAGUUUGAAAUGUGAACGUUGAGGGGAAACAAAGGACUUCUGAACGUGUAUUUGAGUGUUAUAUAUGAGAGAGAGAGAGAGAGAGAGAGUAAAUAUUUCUGAAACAUUUUGAAGGUCUCAGUGUUACUGACUUUUUUUUUAAUGAAACAAAUUAAUAAAGAAAAAGAAAAUAA